CGUGUUGGUGGUAUACAGGUUAUCUUCCAUCCAGACUCUUGUUGGUAUCUGUCACUGUAGUCGGCAUCAUGAGAUUCCCAGUUCUGGUUGUAUUUGUCAUACUGCUUAAUGCUUUAGUCUGUGAUGUUUCCACCUCUCCAGUUAAAGGGGGUUCUCCGGGAAAAGGCAAGGAUCAACACAAAGUUUCCACCUCUCCAGUUAAAGGGGUUUCUCCAGGCAAAGGCAAGGAUCAACAAAAGGAUCAACAGAUCCACACCACACCCACACCACAGCAGCCCAAAGUUUCCACUUUUCCAGUUAAAGAGGUUUCUCCAGGCAAAGGACAGGAUCAACAAAAGGAUCAACUGAGUGAAGAUGAUGUGGCUCCCACCACAGCACACCCACCCUUGGAUGAAACCACACCAGAACCUACAGAGCAUAACUCUGAUGCGGACGAGGAUGAUGGCCAAGGUGAUGACCACAGUAGCCAAGAUAAUGGCGAUAGUAGCCAGGCUGCGGGAGAUGAUGGCCUAGGUGAUGAUGAGGAUUCUAAUGGCAAUUCCUCUGAGGAGGGUGAAGAUUCCUCUGACAGCCAAGCUGAAGAUGGCCAAGGAGACGGCGAUGAGGAUUCUGACAGCCAGUCUUCUCAGGAAGGUGCAGGUGAGAACAGCAGCCAAGCUGAAGAUGGCCAAGGACACAGCGAUGAGGAUUCCGCGGGCCAGUCUGCUGAGGAAGGUGAAGGUGAUGACGGCAGCCAAGCUGAAGAUGGCCAAGGAGACAGCGAUGAGGAUUCUGAUGGCCAGUCUUCUGAGGAAGGUGAAGAUGAAACUGAUAGCCAUGGAGACGGUAAUGAGGAUUCCGCCGGCCAGUCUGCUGAGGAUUCCGCCGGCCAGUCUGCAGAGGAUUCCGCCGGCCAGUCUGCAGAGGAUUCCGCCGGCCAGUCUGCAGAGGAUUCCGCCGGCCAGUCUGCAGAGGAUUCCGCCGGCCAGUCUGCUGAGGAAGGUGAAGGUGAUGACGGCAGCCAAGCUGAAGAUGGCCAAGGAGACAGCGAUGAGGAUUCUGAUGGCCAGUCUUCUGAGGAAGGUGAAGAUGAAACUGAUAGCCAUGGAGACGGUAAUGAGGAUUCCGCCGGCCAGUCUGCUGAGGAUUCCGCCGGCCAGUCUGCUGAGGAUUCCGCCGGCCAGUCUGCUGAGGAAGGUGAAGGUGAGAACAGCAGCCAAGCUGAUGGCCAAGGAGACAGCGAUGAGGAUUCCGCCGGCCAGUCUGCUGAGGAAGGUGAAGGUGAUGACGGCAGCCAAGCUGAAGAUGGCCAAGGAGACAGCGAUGAGGAUUCUGAUGGCCAGUCUUCUGAGGAAGGUGAAGAUGAAACUGAUAGCCAUGGAGACGGCAAUGAGGAUUCCGCCGGCCAGUCUGCUGAGGAUUCCGCCGGCCAGUCUGCUGAGGAUUCCGCCGGCCAGUCUGCUGAGGAAGGUGAAGGUGAUGACGGCAGCCAAGCUGAAGAUGGCCAAGGAGACGGCGAUGAGGAUUCUGAUGGCCAGUCUUCUGAGGAAGGUGAAGAUGAAACUGAUAGCCAUGGAGACGGCAAUGAGGAUUCCGCCGGCCAGUCUGCUGAGGAUUCCGCCGGCCAGUCUGCUGAGGAUUCCGCCGGCCAGUCUGCUGAGGAUUCCGCCGGCCAGUCUGCUGAGGAUUCCGCCGGCCAGUCUGCUGAGGAUUCCGCCGGCCAGAGCGCUGAGGAUUCCGCCGGCCAGAGCGCUGAGGAUUCCGCCGGCCAGAGCGCUGAGGAUUCCGCCGGCCAGAGCGCUGAGGAUUCCGCCGGCCAGAGCGCUGAGGAUUCCGCCGGCCAGAGCGCUGAGGAUUCCGCCGGCCAGAGCGCUGAGGAUUCCGCCGGCCAGUCUGCUGAGGAAGGUAACUCAAAUGAGUCUGUGUCUACAAAAAACAUCACCCCAGGGACUAAAGGCUCUCCUGCUGUCGGCUCAACUAACUAGACUGGUCUGCCCCACUGUUUCUGGACUUUGUUUAAUGUCUGACCUUUUUGGACAAAAAAUAAAAAGAAUAAAACCA